UCCCGAGAUCAUUCGUGGGAGACAUGGCUUUACUUAAAUGUCAUUUCAGAACGAUGAGUGAUUAAACUUCUGUCAGAAAAAAACAAGAAAUAAAUCCAGUGGUAGCAACUGUGUUUCACAUGACAUUUUGUGUGUGAACGGUUUGAGCUAUUUAGGACCCAGGCUAACGCUACAUAUUAAAUGCUAAUACAGUAGCUAGGCCAAACUUUUUCAACCCAACCAACAGCUACAGUUACACUGAAGAAGAGCUACAGCAAUCCAUGAUGAAGUUGCUUUGUGGUAUUACUUUAUUAACAAUUGCAGUUGCCCAUUACGUCUACAUCCCACUGCCUGAGCAAAUUUCAGAGCCAUGGAAACUGAUGCUGUUGGAUGCAACAUUUCGAGGAGCUGUGUGGAUGGGAGAUGUCGCUCACUGGAUGGGUCUGAGUCACAGUGUCCGUGUUAUCAACUCUGCCAUAAUCGGGUUUGAGAGUCUGGUGCCGAUCACGAACACUGAGAUCCGGGUGGAGGAUACUCUGUUUGAUGGUGUCUCUGUGCGCGUAUACCACCCUAACGGAAAGAAAGAAGGCAAGCUGAGGAGGGCGGUUGUCUUCAUCCAUGGCGGUGGAUGGGCCUUGGGUGCUCCAAAGUUGGGGUCAUAUGACAGUCUCUGUAGACAAAUGGCAGCUGAUCUGGAAGCAGUGGUUGUGAAUGUGGAUUAUCGCAUGGCUCCUGAUGUGCACUUUCCUGUGCCGUAUGAUGACUGCGUGAAGGCCGCUAAACACUUCCUGAGCGUGGAAACAUUGGAGAAAUACUCAGUGGAUCCAGAGCGAGUAGCUGUAUGUGGAGACAGCGCUGGUGGAAAUCUGGCAGCUGCAGUGGCUCAGCGGAUUGGAAUAGACGACAAUAUCUCUGUGAAAUUCAAACUUCAGGUGUUGAUCUACCCCGUGCUCCAGGCCUUAGACUUCAACACAGCUUCCUAUCAGCAGAACCAAAAUGUUCCCAUCUUAUACCGCAAACUGAUGGCUCGUUUCUGGCUGGAGUAUCUAGGUGCCGACCCUGACCUCAUUCACUCCCUUCUGAUGAACAACCACACAGCCCUGGACCAAAGCCUUGUGUCCUUAAACCGUGCAAAGCUUGACUGGACCACUCUUCUUUCCAAGAGGAUGAUAAAACAUUUUAAGCCCGUUGUGCCGGUAACUGGGUCUCCCAAUCUCCUAAAGGAGGUACCGGCAUUCUUGGAUGCCAGGGCUGCACCGUUACUUGCGGACGAGGAAGUUUUGCGUAUGGUGCCUCGUGCUUUCAUUCUGACCGGUGAGCAUGAUGUUUUAAGGGAUGAUGGGAUCAUGUACGCGCGGAGGCUGGAGCAGGCUGGGGUCUCUGUCACUAAUGACCAUUUUGAAGAUGGUUUCCAUGGCUGUGUGAGCGUUGCUUUUUGGCCCCUUCAUUUCUCGGUGGGAAUAAGGGCGGUGCAGAAUUAUAUCGCUUGGCUUGAGGAAAAUCUGUAGUUCUUGGAACCUAAAUGUUCAUUUGAUAUACUGUAUGCAGUUGCAGGAAAGAGAAAAACAGGAGUAUAAACUACCACACAGGCCUUUAGGGAAAUGGAUUCGUAACAUGACUGAGGAUCUUGUGGUUUGGUAUUGGAGAUGGAGUAAAGUGGUUAACAGACUAACAAUAUUAAUUAUUUCAUGUAUUUUAUGAGUAACUAUUAUUGCUUUCAUAUAAAGUCUAACAAUGUGUUCAUCUUCUACACAAAAAGUUUUAUCUUGAUGAUACUACUAUGUUUAUAUACAAACAGGGGCGGUGUCCUGGAAAGGGUUUAGAUUAAGACAGGCAUAGGUUAUUUUAGGACAUUAGUAGUUUUUACAAACAUACCUUACAAAAAAGCAUUACUGGUGUGCAUCUUGAGAGAAAACAAUGGCAAUGAUGUAUUUUAAGUGGUGUCAGUGCAAGCUGUUUUUAGUUCAAACAAAUCAAAUAUGCAUUUUAGUCUGGGACUAGACUUAAGUCCUGCCCGGGAAACUACCCCUUAGGGGUGUUUUCCCGGACAGGGAUUAGCUUUAGCCAGGACUAGGCCUUAGUUUAAUUAGAAAAUAUAACUAGUUUUAAAGGAACACUCCACUUUUUUUUGAAAAUAUGCUAAUUUUCCAGGUCCCCUAGAGGUAAACAUUUGAUUUUUACCGUUUUGGACUCCAUUCAGUUGAUCUCCGGGUCUUAGGGUGGCCAUUCGUGCCAGUUUCAUCGGACAUGUUUUCGGGUUCGUUCUCCGGAAGUCGUGUUGCUCGACCGCAUACGUCAUCGAGGUUCUUACAUUUCAGUUAAAAUACAUUAGAAAAUUAAGAUUUAUUUCUUUUAAGACAUACAAUCAUUGUAGUUUCAUUCUUACCUUGAAAUGUUGCUUUUCUGAAAUUAAACCCGAAAUAUUAAACCUUGAUGACAUAUGCGGUCGACCAACGCGACUUCCGGAGAAUGAACCCGAAAACAUGUUCGGGACGUGUCCGGCGGAACUGGCACGAAUGGCCACCCUACCAGGUCUGGCGGUACCACUUUUAACAUAGCUUAGCAUAAUUCAUUGAAUCUGAUUAGUCCAUUAACAUUACGGCUAAAAAAUAACCAAAGAGUUUCGAUAUUUUCCGUCAGUGUUAGUACACGAUGUAAGUACAGAAGAGUCAAGUUUUAAAUUGGAAAAAUAUCUAAACUCUCUUGUUAUUUUUAACGCGAUGCUAAUGGUCUAAUCAGACUCAAUGGAUUAUGCUAAGCUAUGCUAAAAGUGCUAGCGCCAGACCCGGGGAGAUCAGCUGAAUGGAUUCCAAAAUGGUAAAAAUCAAAUGUUUAACUCUAGGGGAAAAUGAGUAUAUUUAAAAAAGUGGAGUGUCCCUUUAACAAACAUGCCUUACUUAAAACAUUACUUGUGUGCAUUUUGAGGCAAAACAAAGGGCACAUGUAUUUCAAGAUACGUCAGUGCAAGUUGUUUUCAGUUUGGACAGCUCUUACAUUUAUUUUAGUCUAAGACUAGUCUAAUUCCUGUCCGGGAAACCGCCCCUAUAAACAUUACUGGUGUGCAUCCUGAAACAUAACAAUGGCACUUAUAUAUUUUUAGGUGUCAGGGCAAGUGGUUUUGCAUAUACGGGAGCACAAACAUGCAUUUUAGUCCUGAACUAUUGGCUUAAGCCUUGUCUGCACAGUGUUAGCAAUAUGUGUCCCAGUCGGUGAAAACCCAGCUAGUUUUUUUUGUGAUUUACUGGUUUCUACCUAAAAUCAUCCUAUAUAAUAUAAAGAUCAUUCAGAGAAAAUAUAACCUUGACAUCUUUAAUAUUGGCUGAGUAAGGCCAUGUCAAAGAUUUAAUUUAAUGAGGCAGAUUGAGAUUUGUCUUCACAGAUACAAAGUCACAUAUUCGCAUUAAGAUUCUCAUCAUUUCAAACAAUGCUUUCAUUUCUGUGCAUCUAGUACACUUGUACAAUGUUUUGACAAAUCAACAUAUAUUUUAUGUUACUUUAACUUAACAAAUUAAGUUAAACAUUUCAACUUGUGUCAACUUAUCACAUGACAAAAGUUAAAAAAGUAUAGUGAAUUUACUUGCAUAACCAAGUUGUUUUAACUUCAUGCUGCAUUAUUUUUACGGUUUACCUACUAAGUUAUUAACAAAUAAGUCUUAUCUCACUGCAAAAUUUCUUAUAUUUACCAGCUUACAAAAUGUAACAUACUGAGUGAAGUAGGAGUUUAUAUGUAUUAGAGCUGCACUGAAAAAUAAAAUAAAAACACUCCACCCAGU